GAGUGAAGCCCGGUUAGGGAGCAGGAAGCUGGGGAGGGGGCUCUCUGGGCGAAGUCCCCCGCAACACCCACCUCACCCCACUCAGGCUGAGCCCUCUGGCGUCAUGGAGGGGCUCGUCCUAGCCCUGUGUGCCCUCCCGCUGGCUGCCGCGUCUGCUGUCUGCGCCACGAUGCCAGCUCGGAACCUGAGCUGCUACCAGUGCUUCAAGGUGAGCAGCUGGAGGCAGUGCCCGCCCACCGCGUGCAGCCCGCUGGACCAAGUCUGCAUCUCCAACGAGGUGGUCGUCUCUUUUGGUGUCUCUAGGAACUGUCAGCAGGACAAAGGCUCUGAUGUCACUGAAUUUACGAAGACAGCAGGAACACACGGGGUGGGGAGAGGCAGCUGUUCGGGUGGAUGGGUUAUCCGCCCUUCCUGGCACAGCCCUACAGCCCAGCAUGGGGCAGGCUGCACUGGAAUCUAAUACACUGUAUGACAGUGUCAUAGAGUAUAACACAACGUAAUGAAUAUAACGUGUAUACUGCAACUUAAUAUAAUACGAUACAA